AGCGCGGGGCGGGGUGAGCGGCGGAGGGGGCGUGCCCCAGACCGGGGGCGGGGUCAUGAGUGCGGCCUACGUAGCCAGAGUGGAGACGGAGGGCAAGAAGCAGGCGCGUGGACUGGCGGUUCAUUUCAGCAUCAAAACUAGGAAAAGUAAUUAGGAAUGGCUGUGGAGGAACUUCAGUGCAUAAUAAAAAGAUGUCAAAUCCUAGAAGAGCAUGAUUUUAAAGAAGAAGAUUUUGGCCUCUUUCAGCUAGCAGGCCAAAGAUGCAUUGAAGAUGGGUAUAUAAACCAGCUGCUAGAGAUUAUUCAAGAUGAAAAGAACAAGACCAUCAUUAAGACUAUGGGGUGGAAUCUUGUUGGUCCUGUUGUCCGAUGCCUCCUGAGGGGCAGGGAAGAGGAUAAAAGAGAAGAGUGUUUUCUGAUCUUUGAUUUGCUGGUGAAGUUGUGUAAUCCAAAGGAAUUGUUGUUGGGUUUGCUUGAACUCAUUGAAGAGCCCUCCGGGAAACAGAUAUCUCAAAUUAUUCUUCUUUUACUGCAACCAUUACAGACAGUUAUUCAGAAACUUCCUAACAACAAGGCAUACUCGGCUGGAUUAGCAUUGUCCACGCUCUGGAGUCAGCUGUCUCUUCUUCCUGUCCCACACUCAGAAGAACAAAUACAGGCAGAUGACUAUGGCCUUUGUCAGUGUUGCAGGGCCUUGAUAGAGUUCACGAAACCCUUUGUGGCAGAAGUUGCUAGUGAUAAAGAAGACCCAGCAAACACAAAGCUGAAGGAUGAACUACUGAAAUUCUGUUUCAAAAGCUUGAAAUGCCCUUUGCUGACAGCACAAUUCCUCGAACAGUCUGAAGAAGUUGGAAAUGACCCUUUCCGGUGUUUUGCAUCUGAAAUAAUAGGAUUUUUAUCACAAAUUGGAUAUCCUGUCCCCCAAAUUAUUCUUAAUCAUGGAAGGAAAAAAAGGACUUGGGAUUACCUUGAAUUUGAAGAAGAAGAAGACAGACAACUGGCAGACUCUGUGGCUGCUCUGACAUACCUAGUCUUUGUUCAGGGCAUCGGUACCGACCAGCUUCCCAUGGUCUUAAGGACCGGAAGUGGAGUUGAUGACAGCACCUGUGAGGACGGCCGACUAACUUCCAGGACCGGAAGUGGAAGAAAAGUGACUCCCAAAAGUAAGUCCUUUGACUUCUACAUCAGUGUCAUCAUCUCCAGCGCCCAUGUGCAGGCAUGUACACAAGUAAUACAGUAUUAAAACCCCAAAAGACGACAACAAAAUAAACAUGAAAAGAAAACAACCCGCUCUCCUUGCUUAGCUUAGAUGUAGAAAUACUCAACAAAAUGCUUCUAAGGCGAACUCUUCAGUGUCAUAAUAAGAUCAUGUAUCGCACUCAAUUUGGUCUCAGUUCAGAUGAAGAAAGUGUUUCAGCAUACAUCAGGAAAUCUAACUCAGGGCGUACAUAUAUUGACUCAAAGACAAAUAUCUGUGGUUGUCUCAUUGUCAGAUGCAGGAGAUCCUUUAGCAAGAUUCAGUAUCCCUUCCUGAUUACAGCCCCAAAGAAACAGAAAUAGAAGGACUGUGCAUCACUGAUUCAGGCCAACAUCCUACUUCCAGUGACACACUGAGUACAUUGCUUUUAAAUCAGUAGAGCUGCCGUAUCAAAUAAACAAUUAAAGUGCAGAAACAUACUGCCCUAGUUCUAGAGGUGGGGAGUAUGUGGUUAUCAGAACUUGCUUGUUCCUGAGGGCUGGUGCUACAGUGUGCUUUCUGUUGCUACGAUAGAUACCAUGGACAAAAGCAACUUGAAGAAAGGGUUCAUUUGGAUUCCAUUUUCCAUCAAAAUCUGUCUUUGAAGGAAGUCAGGACAGGAGCACAAGGAAGGAGCUUGGAGCAGGAACCCUGCUUACUUGGGGCUUACUGUCUGGCUUGCUCACUGGCUCAGGCUCAGCUGUCUCUUUAACAGCCCAGACCAGUGUACCUAGGGAAUGGUACUACCUACUGUGGGCUGGGCCAUCCAUAUCAAUCACAACCAUAGAUACAGGCCAGGCUCACCAAGGUAACUCUGCACUUGAAAUUCUCUUUUCCUGGAUGAGCCUAAGUUGUGUCAAGUUGACAGUAAACUAGGGAGUCCAGCUAGGAAGAAGAAUCUCCAUGCUUCUCUGCCAUUUGGAUCUUUAAUGGUCUUUGCCUUCAUAUCCCUACAUCAUUCUUUGCGGUGCCAUGUUUUACCUCUCUGCCUGGCGUACUUUGGCACCACAGGCAUGCCAGCUCAGAGAAGGCUGGGCAGUCUGGAAAGGAGAGUCCACAACCUCUGUUUCCCUUUGGGGCAUCAGAUGCUGCUACAUGCCUCACCAGAAUGGGAAAGUGGGGUCUGGGAUAAGUGCUGUAGUUCCCCGUCUCCUCUCUGGGAACCCAGGCCCUGCCAGUGUUCCGCACGGAAGUCAGGAACUUGGGUCUGAGGUCCACACUUCCCCUCAGGGCAUGUGCAGGUCCACAUUUCCCUUCCGCGUGUAUACACCAGACUGGAAGGGGGAAGGCAGAGUCUGAGAUGAGCAGGAUCUGGUCUCUUUGGGAGUGAGUACUGGAGGGGUGGGAGAAGAGAAAAGCCUUCUUCGGGAGUCUUCGGUGUGACUCAUUUAGGCAGAGGCCUUUCUGCAUCUUUAGUGAAACAGCUCUCUGAAGCAAUGCUUGCCCGACUAUAUUGCCUUAUUGGCAGAAAAUGUGAAGCAUAUUGCUUUAUUCAGGUGAGCCAGGGAUUAUAUACCUCUUGGGGAAAGGCGGGAUGGUAUCUAGGAAGGGAAGGUCAUUGGCUGAAGGCUAAGACUAUCUAGAUACCUAAUUAGUGCCCAUGAUCCUCUCAGUUGGGUGUCAUGGUUACGUGUUCCAGGGCAGGUACAAACAGGUAGGGAAGGGCUCCACUCUUGCCAUUCUCAAAUCUCUGAGAUUCCCCAGGGUUUGAACUCACUCAGCUUCACCCAUUCAACCCACCUGCCCUACUUUUUUUUAAUGAUUCAUUUAGUUAUAUUUAUUUGUGUGCCUGCAGAAAUCUGAAGUGGGCAUUUGAUCCCUGGGGCAGGAUUACAGGUAGUUGUGGGCCACCUGACAUUUGUGCUGGGAACUGAAGUUGUCUGCAAAAGCAGUAUGGGCUCCUAACCACUGAGCCUUCUUUCCAGCCCCUGAAUUUCCUAUUUAGUAGGCAUGAGGUACUGGGUGAGAGCUGACCUCCAAAAAGCUACUGUAUUUUAACUCAAUAAAAUCCUUAAGUCCAAUCUUGUGAGUUCAGGAGGCUCUGAGUCCAACAUUGUUUUUGAAGGAGAACACAAUUCAAACAGUAUGUGUAUGUGUGAGAGAUUCGGGGGCUAAAAUUGGAGAUCAGUGUUAAGAGUGCUUAUCUAGCAUGUGUGAGGCCCUGGUUUGCUCAGUGGUUGAGCAGAAGAAAUUG